CGAGUGGUCCACGCUGCAGUAAAUGAACAGAGAGGAGGAAGUAGAUGAUUAGCGCGGGCGAGCGUGUUUGCUGCACGCCGAACUAGAAGAAGAAGCCAACCAUGGUCAAGAGGAUUCCGACGCCGAAGGGCGACCAGUCAACGUUGAUUGUCGACGUCAGCCCGUGGCGCAGGGUGCCGCUCGUGUUCAUAAACUUGCUUCUCUUCGCCUUCAGCUGCAUGGUCUCGUUCAUAUGCUUGGCGUCCGUAUAUGAGCGGCGCGACAAGAUCUCGUUCCUGAACCGCUCACUACUCAUAAGUUUCUUGGUGAACAUGGAGGUCUCGGGGCUGCUCGUCUCAAGCCUUCUACUCGUCAUCAGCUUCAUGGGGUUCAUGGGUGCCCUGCGCGAGAACAUCUGUUUCUUACGCUGGUACGUCAAAGGCCUCUGUCUACUUAUGAUCAUCACCAUAAUCUUCAUCGUCGGUGCCUUGGUCCUCCCCUUCCUGAGCAAGAAUAGUGCUCAGAGCUUGUUCAGCAUCGACCUCAUAGUGAGCUACAGGGACAACCCAGACUUCGCGCGACUUGUCGAUUUUGCUCAGGCUUCGUUCAGCUGCUGCGGUAUCACAACUGAGCGAUACCACGAUUGGGGCCACAACAUCUAUUUCAACUGCUCGCCGUCGAACCCGAGCACAGAGCGCUGCUCGGUUCCCGCCUCCUGCUGUCGGCCACUGGAAGGCGAGAACCCAAGCCUUGAAACUCGCCUGAAGCGCCGCUUCUGUGGUUCCGGAGUGCUCUCCAUGACCGAACAGCAAGCCUGGCAAAAGGCCGAAGGAACCCAAACGAAGGAAGUCAUCCUCAACUUAUCCUUCUACAAGCGUACUGAAUCUGAAGCUGCCGUUCCGCGCAAGGGCUUUAACUUCAACACUGGCGCCUCACCCAACCCGGCGAGAGUAAUCUGCGCCGUGGAACGUGCCAUCAUUAAACAUUCUUCCGAAGUAAGAGAAGAAGCUCGCACCCGCGCCAUUGGCGUUCUGUCAAAGUGGUGGACGCGCAACCCUCAAGUCCGAUUUCCACCUGGCGAGAAACAAGCCAUCGAGGGCCUCCGGAACAAUGCCUCCAUUGCCAUCCUUCCUGCAGCUAAUGGAAACGCCAUCGUGUUGCUCAACAGAAGUGACUACAAUGAGAAAAUGAAGGAUUUGCUAUCAGACGAAGAUACAAAUAACCUGCUGGCUGACGACACCCUCGCUGAGCGCAUCCUUUUGGAAGUACAGGACAUUUGCGAGCUUUUAGAAUUUUGUUUGAGCAACACCUACUUCACUUACGAAAAACAGUUUUACAGGCAGGUCAACGGAACUGCCAUGGGUGCUUCCAUUUCCUUUAUUACUGCCAACUUGGUCAUGGAGGUCAUUGAACCGAAGGCCCUCUCUGACUUCGUUCCCGCGCCAAAGGUUUUCACCCACUACGUAGACGACUGCUUCUGCAUUGUGGGAAGGCAGGAUGCUUCACGCCUCCUGCGCCUUCUCAACUCAGCAGAAACAGCCAUGCAAUUUACUACAAUCCACACACGCAGUUGCGUGGAUGCUUGCGUGUCGUUCAUGCGCGCCAACGCACUGAUCAUGAUCGGCAUCGGCUUCAUCGCUUAUGUGGUGCUCAACGUGCUGAGCAGCCUGGCGAACACGGUGCACGACGAGGUCGUCUCGCUGACGCGCCUCUACGACAAGUACUACCGCAGGAUGGCUAAGGGCGCGCGUAAGUCUCUGGCACAGCGGGAAGCGCUACAGCAAGUGCGUGCCGCCAGGGACCACCUGGUCAAGAAGAAGUCGAAGCCGGGGCGGCAGUAUUCUGUCAGCCGGAUGACGUCGAAAGCCAGCUGGCGUCCGCCACCUGCUUACGACCGUAUGCUUGCCCGUCGAGAAUCGCAGUACUACGGGGCGCCUGCAAGGAGCGGCCCUACUGCUGAAGCAGCCCUUUAUUGAACCAGCGUUUGCAAUAAUGCACCACUUACAUUCGUUUUUCUCCAGAUAUAUAUAGAGUGUUCUAGCUUUGAUGUUUUGAAAAGGAUGACUUGACAUUUGGGCAUGUUUUGACAGUGGAAGCCGAGGAAGGCUAGAAGCGUGGGGUGGAGCCUACGGUUGUUAAAAUGCUUCCUAAACGAUAUCUUUGAUUUGACCAGUUUUUUGCUUAUACAAGUGGAGCACUGGAACAUAUAGAUGACAUGCGUGCUGUGGAAAAUAAUGUCUGCUUUAAUUUUUAGGGGAAACUUGCGGGCCCCAGGAAUAAUGGUCUGUGACCUUGCUAUGGCGUUUGUUGCAGCGGCGACAGCAGCGCAGAUAGAAGGUGGAGUUUUUGGGGAUGUUAAGGCAUUGUGAAGGUUAUGUGAGCAGCGAUAAACCACGCUGAAAAUUUGAAGGCGAUCAUCUUGAGCCAAAUGUGUGUUUUUUUUUCGUUGAAAUUGGGGGUGAGAUUGAGAACUGAUGUUGAGUCUCUGCAGUCGGUGUUGUCUAUCUUAUUGAGGGCGUUCUCAAUAAUUUAUGUGGGCUCUCUUUGUCCGGUUAGCUUAAAUAGGAGAUAAUUGCCAUCACGAAUCAAUUCGCUGUUGCUGUUACCCGAGCUGAUGCCUUGAAAUCGAAUGACCUGACUAUAUGAAAUGCUGGUUUUGGAGUGUCUCGUAUCCUUGGUGCCAAAAUGAAGGUACCAAUGUCUAUCGACUGGCUUCCUGUAAAAUGUAUUCAUCACUUUACCAGUGCAGAGCGUUAUAGGACUUCAAUAAAGCUUAUAUCGAUGGCCGAGUAGGAGCGUGAGAACUAUAUGUUUGGGUGGACAUCAGUACAAUCAUCGAUGAAAGAAUGAAGCUCUGUUCUGCUGUCAAGCCAGAUUAGAAACUUACCCUUGAUGAUGUGGAAUUUUUUUUUUUGUAAUACGCCCAUAAAAGUAUUUGCGUUGUUUACCAAAGGACCGAUUAGGGGGCCAAUAGAAGUAUCGCUAGCCUAAGCGUUAGAGCACCCGUUGAACUAAGUUAUUUAAUUGAAGAAAUAAAAUAAGGAGCAGUCCCAAUACGGAAUAAUCGACUGUUUUCUUC